UCAGGAAGUGGGGCAGAGACGCUAAAACCAGGAAACUAAGGGUUGCUAUUAAUACAACUGAGCAAAGAGCUACAGCUGGUGAGAGCUAAUGCUGGCUCUGCUGAAGAAGAGAGAUACGUCAGUAAACUCCAAAAAAUCAAAAGGACACGUUUGGUAUGCUCCUUGUGGAUUGACUUUGUGCUGUUUGAAGGCUUCACGACCAUGGAGGCACCAGCCUUAAGAUCUGAAUCAGCUAAUCCUGAGUCACUCCCAGAUUAUGGGAUUUUGAUUCUGCACACAGCAGAUGCACAGGAAUGGGCUCAGUAUUUACAGCAGAUCUUAGAUUCCUCCAGAAAAUUCCACGAAUGGUCGAUUCUGCUGCAUGCAGUCGUCCCAGCAGAAGAGCUUCCCGGAAAUCAGUUUGAAUACUUCCAAAGCUGCAAAUGUAUCCUGCUGCUCCUCACCGGAUCCCUCUUAGACAUGCUCUGUGACCGAGAGCUGCAGGCAGAACUUCAGAGACUGCUUCAUCCUCCACACCGAGUGGUGGUGCUGCUGUGCGGUGUAUCAGAGGAUCAAGUACUGUCAGAUACCUUUGAAGACUGGCUGAUGUGGAGAAAGAUCUCUGCUGAGGAUGAGCCUGCUGUCUAUGUCUCCACCAUAUUGGACUCCCUCAAUGACAACAGACAUGUGGAGGCUGAACAGGAGAUCGAAGCUGUAGCUGAAACACAGUUUGACAUGACAGAAGCCUCUCCAGCUGAAAAUCUCAUCACUGAUAAAAUGAAGAAAGUGACGUCUGGAGAGCAAAAGGAACAUUUACAGGAAGAUGACGAACUUAUUACCAACAACUCAACAAACGGGGAAAUAAAUGCGCCUGGCCAGCUCACCUGCCUCACCGUACAACCUAACAGAGUCCAGUGCAGGGAACAGGUGAACAUUUUUAUCAUCCUCACUCAUAAAGUACAAUCGGCACCUGAGGUGGAGUUUUCAUCUGAAAACGUUUCCACUAAAAGAGUUCCUGGCACUCUGGAGAAUGAGUAUACUAUCAGCGUCUCUGCACCCGAUAUGCCGGCUGGAGUCAUGUCAUUAACCUUGUAUGUUGGGCGAUCCUGCCUCAGCUUACAGCCUGUCACAUAUUAUACUGCUAUGGGAGAAAUCAGUCGGCUUCUUGACAAUGCUUCUGACCCCGUUCACUUCAUGUGCCAGGCCUUCAACUUGAUGUCCAAUGCAACAGAAUCACUGGAUAACAUGCUAACUGACUCGCUAAAGUCUCGGAUGCCUGGAAAUAGUCUUCAGCUGUUUGGAAACAAACAGAUAGAAGAGAACAACAUGGCAGCAUGUCAGCGUAAUGAGGAGUUCCCCACACUGCUCCACUUUGCUGCAAAGUAUGGCCUAAAGAAACUGACCACCAUCCUCCUCCAGUGCCCCGGGGCUCUGCAGGCCUACAGUGUGAUGAAUAAACAUGGAGACUACCCCAACACGCUGGCACAGAAGAGUGGCUUCUCUGAUCUCAGGCAGUUCAUGGAUGAAUUUGUUGAGACAGCAGUCAUGCUCAAGUCUCAUUUUGAAGACACUGUAAACACAGAGGAGAGCACCGCAGACGUGUAUGAGUUGAUGUCAGAUAACUCUCGAGAUAUCAUCAUAAAGUACUCAGGUUGUUCAGAGGACAUAUACGAGUCAAUGCUGGAUUUAGAUCCUGAAUGUGCAGAGGACCUAUAUGAGUCGAUGAAUGCAGUAGAUGAGAACCCACAGGAAGCUAUGCUGAGGAAGUUCUUCCAAGCGAAACAACAUGCUUGUGCAAACCCUGCCAGUUUUGAGCAUCUUAAAAUUAAAGAAGAGGAGAAAGCUGAUCAAACUGAGUUGGAUCAAAUUGAAGAAGAGGAGGAUCCAUACAAACUCGUCCCAGAGGAUAUCUAUGACACUGUGGAUGCGAACAGUACUUAUGAUCCAAGAAUCCUGAACCGUCCACCAGCACCCAUCCCUAGACCUGAUCCUGACUCUGAGCCUGAUAGGCCAGUAGCAUACAUUUCUCGAGUAUUUACAGAAAAAGGCCCCUCCCAGCAAGAAACUGUGGAAGUGAGAUGUCCUGAAGCCCAGCCGGAUGCAGACCCACUCUCUCCUGAUUAUGACCCUUACGCUGGGAUGAAAACACCCGGACAGAGACAGCUCAUUUCUCUGCAGGAGCGAGUUAAAGUGGGAGAAAUUACUGUGAAUGAAGCAGUCCAAGAGUUCAAGGCCUGGCAGUUUGAUCACGAGCGGAGGGCCAACUCAAUACGCUAUCAGCAGGAAAACCUGAAGAAAUUACGAGACAGUAUCACCAGACGACACAGAGAAAGAGAGAAGACUGGAAAGGAGCUCGAUUAUGAGAUAAGUGCUCCACUGCAGAGGAACUUAUACUGGGGCUCCAAUGUGUCAUUGGAGUGCUCUGUGUACGAGCCAGCACCGCGCGUGGUGGCUCCACCUCCACCUCCACCUGCACAAGCUAUCCAGAGAGACACCUGGAAGACAGGUAGCACGUCCAGCACGUCCAGUAGUGAGAGCAACAGACUCAGCACUCACAGCACCUUUAGCUACAGCAGCGGGACAGAGCCUGACUUUGAGGACGCAGUAGAAAAUCUCCCCCCUCCACCUCGACCUCCACGCCUGUCUGAUGCUGCUUCCUUCAUUCCUCCACCCAGGAUUCCUCCACGACUCCCAGAGAGGGUGCAAGAGAAAGUGAACGAUCGCUACAUCACCUGCCCAUCUCGAGCAGCUCCUCAAAGACCAACUCAGAGAGUCGGUGCCUCGGCGCCUCCUAUACCUCGCCGAAUGCGGUGAUCAACACCUGUGUUUCUUUUUGGUUUAUUCUCUUGUGAGUUAUGUAUUAUUUUCAACAGAACAAAGGUACUGGAGCUGGAAAGACUGGAGUACUUGGCAUUAAACAAGAUGAAGGAAAAAAAGGAAACAACCAGAACUUUUAUACCUUCAUACAAUGGUUUAAUUUGUUGUUUUUUAAAGUGUAUGAUCUGUUUUGUUUGCAGCUUUAAAAUAUAUUAAGAACAAAUAUGUCAAUAGAUGUGCUUUCACUGCAUUUUAAGUAGUCGUGUAGUUAUGGCAUUUUAGCAUACCUCAAAUGAUGUCAACUGAGAACUUAGGGUAUUAAUGUUUGUAUAAUGUAAAAAUGUUCCAGUUGUAGACUUUUAUGUGUCCUUAAAGGGAUAUUUCAGUGUUUUUGAAGUGGGGUUGUAUUUUAUGUUACUAGUAAUUAUACCAGCCACAAUGGAUGCCACUCAGCUCGGCCCCUUUAAUAGAACACUAACGUAUCAGUUAGUAACACCAUCACUAACAUCGGGUGUAUUUUACCCGAUAUAAUAUACCAGAUAAAAAGUACUUCAAAUCAAAAUAUAUCAUAGUACAACAAUA